AUGCGAAAUGAUACUACUUCGCCUACUGCUUCAUCAUCUUGUAGGGAUAUACGAGAUCAACAAGGUAUGUUCAAAAUGACGGAAGAAAGUAUGGGAAAUUGCCCUGUUUGUCGUGAAGUUUUCCUUGCCAAGGAUAUUGAACACGUGCUCAACUUGGUUGGGACUCAUACCCAGUUGGACUCCAGUGGAUUUGAAGUUGAUGAGGACUUUCUCAAGUCCAAAUCAGAAUUAGAGGAGAGAGGCAUGUAUCUUCCCAGGCCAGUUACAUCACCCUCAACAGAAUCGGAUCCGGGAUCGAACAAGCAGCAAAACAAAGAUCCAACGGUCAAAUCUGAAACGAAUUCAGACAACAGGCCUAGCUCUAGUAAGCACAGCAAUUCUAGCACGAGAAUGCACAGGACACAAAAUUCAAGAAAACAAAACAAGGGAAAGUUACAGUUUAAACUCGACUGGUAA